AUGUGCGGUGCUGCGGCGGUGAGGAAGGGAAACGAGCGCGAGCAAUUCCGAGCGGUGUAUCAUCCACGUAUAGAUAUAUGGUACAACAAAAUUAGCGAUUACAUUGGUAUGAGUGCUGCUGUCACCGAAGGACCGCCUGAGGCAAAGAAAUUCCGUAUAGAUUUACCGACCCAGGUCGUCGUUGAACCGUCACUGUGUUCAUCCGAAUCACCUGAUGGUCCGGCGGCAGCUGAGGGACAAUCACCGGCUGGACCGAGUUCAGCCAGAUCUACAAAUGGUUCGGAGAUCUCCUCCGGAUCAGUGGAAAAAGAUGAUGAACCAGAACCAGGAAUGACCGGUAAUAUCCUGGAAAUGAUCAGCAGAAGUCUAUUGGGCAACGCUUUCAAGUUGGAUGAAGUCUCACGUCCGCCUCGUCUACCUUCAGUACCCGCGUCACCCGUUCCGGCACCGAUUCCCGGCGCUGUCGCUGUCGCUCAAUCACCGGCCGCUCAACUUUUCUCGGAGGAUGACUGGAGUUGGCAUCGGAAUCCAGCAGCAGCAAUACGAUCCGGUGGCACGAAUAAACAGACACCGGUCUGGAAAUAUUUUGUCUAUAAUAAGGCAGAAAACUUAAGCAGGUGCAUAAUCGGAGAUUGUACAUAUAGUUUGAAAGGGCCGCAUACAAGCACACUUGCGUGUCAUUUGAAGAAGCACUCAGCUGAAUAUGCUGAGUUCCAGAAGCUUAAGGUUGACUACACUCGUGAACGUUAUGGUGGUCAACUCCCCUCCUCACCGUCAUCGUCAGCGUCAGGAUCAAACUCCUCCUCAACAAGUAACAAUACUCCCGCUCCGAAACCGACAAAACCGAAGAAAGAAACGAAAGCUGACGUUGGUAAUUUGAUGGCUGCUCUCCGAGCAGGGACCCCAGCCAUUCCGGGAUUACUGCAGAAUUUGAUGCAAGGUGUGAAUCCACUACAAAUGAUGUUGAAUCCACAGAUACCGACAUCAUCAGCCAAUAUAACCGCUACACAGGCGGCUAAUCAAAUGCUACAACAAGCAGGACUCACAAUCAGCGCAUCCGGACAGAUCAUGCAAUCGAAGAAAUGGCGGCGAGAUGAGCGGCGUCAGCGAGAGUUGGAACAGCGACUUGCGCUUGCGCUCACCACUUCACAUCUGACAUCUGAAGCUCUGGCGAAUCCACUGUGGAAGGAGCUUCUGGAAGCAGCACAACCUAAAUUCACAUUAAAUGACGAUCCACAGUAUUUUGAACAACUGAUAUCCACGCUUCACCUCCGCCUCCUCCAGUCUAUCCGCGCCCUGCUCUCCUCGGCGGUAUGCGUAUCAGUUCUCGUCGAUUGCGUCCGUCUCCCUCCCACAUCCGGAAGUGAAGAACCACUAUUAAGGCUCUGUGUUUCGGCUGCAUUUCCCGGUUUUGUCAAUCAGAAAUACGAGGUUCAAGUGAUACUGUUGGCUUUUCGUCCCCUACUUCAAGCCGAUAACACAUCCGAAGCGGUAGCGAUGACUAUCGAUCAGGUCCUAGCCGACUAUGAUUUGUCGCAGGAAAAAGUGACAAGAAUUGUUUGUUCCGGUUUAAAACAACUCCUGGAUGAUGACGACGGUUGUGUUGUGGAUAAGCAGAUGGAGCCGUUCAGUCAACGAAUCAUGUCCUGCUUCACGCAUUUCCUGGAAUCAAACUCCACCAUCGAGGAGCUUCGAAAAAGCGUCUAUCAAAUGAUAUUCGCAUUUGUUACAAGGCCGGAUGCAUUGCAAGCUUUAAACAAAGCGGCCGGUAGAAUCGUUGAAUUACCGCUCAGCGAACCGUUUCCGGUCUUAGCGGAAGCAGUGAUUAACAUAAGGCACGCAAUCGAUAUUGUGACUUUGGAUGGGACUACGCCACACCUUACGGACGAGCAAUGGUGCCAACUUCGUGGAGUUUCCAAUGCAUCAGCUCUUUUCCGACAGUAUGGAAAUGGUGUUGCCGAAGGUGAAUGCCCGACUGUGGAUGGGGUUGUCCCAGCCAUCAAGCAGAUCAUUCAUGCAUUAGACAAGGAUUCUCUUGAUCUUGGUGCUCUCGCCUGCCAACUGAAAGAUGUGGUCAUGGAACGUCUUGCCUCCAUUAUUGACGUGAAUCAUGAGGAAUUCGACGGGACAUACAUCCAGGCGACGGCUCUAAAUCCACAAUUGGCGGUGUUACUCACCGAGCAACAACUCUCUUACGCAAGAUCAGCUAUUGAACAAGAGCUCCAUUCUCGAAAUCCUCCCACUUCUUCAACAUUGGGUGUCGAUGCAUUGCUGGCUUCCGUACUUUCCUCAUCUCCCGAUUCGUUACCCCUUUAUUCGGAUCUUCUUCAACAAGCACAGCGACUACAACAGGAUCGCAACUCACAACCGAUGCGUGAUCGGAUAACAGAAGCCGCUCUCUCAUCGUAUUUCGACGAACUUCUAAGCGGGUCCCCAGCCGAUGCGCUGCUUUCACCUUUGCGGUCGUUCGGCAACCCAUUACAGACACCGCUGGUCUUCUGGCAAGGUUGCAUGCAACGAUGUCCGACGUUGGCCGGACUUGCGCUUGAGCUGCUGUCGAUCCCGACCACAACGCUCACUGCGUCGUCUUUGCUGUCCUUGCGGGGCACGUCUCCGUUCCAGAAACCUGACCCAAUCCCGAUCUUGUCACAUUUGGACAAACCGGAAAGACUUGAUCGGAAUUUGUUACUUAGAUUCAACAGGAAUUUUAUACAUAAAGCUUAUUAA